AUGUCCGUGAGCGCUGACACGUGGAACCCUCCAUACCUGCCGGCACUUGGGAUGUCUGACGAUCACUGGAGCUACGUUGUGAGACCCCCGCCACGCCGUCCCAGUAGCGUAUUAGGGGCGUUCAAGGAACAAAUUACAGCUUCAUCGAAGAUUAAGGACGCAAAUUUGGAGAUGCUGCUGCCUCACCAUGCGCCACUCGCUGAUCGAAUAACCACGACUGGCCGAUCGGGAGAGGCGGAUACCUACGCUGCUGCUGACCACCGCACCAAGGUCUCUGCUGUCCAUGUUCGCCUCUUGGUCAUCGCUGCUGUUCGACCGGAUUUCUUUGCCUUGCUGCUCAUGACUUAUUCUCCACAGUCCCAGAUGAGCCCUGAAGCUCAUCACCCGCGGCCCCUAGUCCAGACAGUGGUCGGUCCAGCUGCUCAGGUUAUCGGUUCGGCCCAGCCGUGUGGGAGCUGA